AUGUUGUACAGGGAGGAGGUAUCCUGUACGCUCUACGCCGGCCAGGUGCUGUCCGUCGUCUCGGCGUUACCCCACGUACCGUGUACCGCCGUGGCUGCUGCUUUGUUUUAUCUAGGAACAGCCGGUCGUCUCUGGUGGUUCGUGAUGUGCCUCGCCUGGAAAGAAAACACCCUCCAGACUGCCAGCAUUGAUAAAUACCGUCGCCAAGUGGUCCUCGUCACAUGGGCCCUCCCUUUGGCCGUGGUCAUGUUGGCCCUAAUGGCCCGAAGUAUCCAAGCGGAUCCGCUGGCCGGGGUUUGCCUCGUCGGGGCGGCUAGCCAGGUCCUGGAAGGGGUCUUUCCGGUUUUCCGGGAAUGCGUCCUGUUCCUCGUGGUCUUCGUUCCACUAUGCGCGGGUUGCUGCUCCUUGGUCGGAUCUGCCACUCCGGCUCCACAUUCUAAUGCUCAGCCACAGCCAUCGCAUCUUGGGCUUUUUGGGUGCAUUUACUUGGUUGCGGCGUUUUUCUAUGUUUUCGCCUUCCUCCACGACAUCCUCCAACCAGCCAUGGGUUGGACCCGAUCGUGGAAUGUCGUUUCGGCCAUUAAGCUCCUCCUCGACCCGUUCCUCGGCGCCGUCGCCGGCCUGUGCUGCCUCGUACUGAUCAUCUCCAACCAAUACCGCGCCAACAAGGCCCCAUCCGGUUACAAACACGGCUACCAACCGGCCCUGCUCCCACAAUGCUUGCCCCCGAAUCGGCCUCAACCGGAAGUGCCGAGGCCGGUGUCUUCUAACUACACUUCCACCUACGCCGCCACCCCUCGAUUCGCUUGU